AUGGUUUCGCAUCAAAUCACCAGAUCAAGAUACGAGCCCGAGGACACAGAGUCUCUGACAGAUUCUGGCCCCCAAUCCAAAUGUGCGAGAGUGGAGGAGGUAGCUGACGAAGAAGAGCCAACACGAUUUAUCAAGGUCUUCCUGUGCCCAGUUGCAGAUGUUUUGGGGGUCGGACAGACUGUGUUUGAAGAAAUUUGGCAGGCUCAGGUUGACAUUGGUCUGGAGGAAAAUCCAUGGGCACUUUUUGAUGGUGAAGAUGAGUGGGGCCUUGCCGAAUGGCUUUCGAAGAGAGUCAACAAGACUGCCACUGAUGAAUUCCUUAAACUUGCCAUUAAGCCAUUAACGGAACAACACGAACUUUGGCAGCGCAACCCUGUGGAGUGUGUGCGUGAUUUGAUUGGUAAUCCUGCAUUCAAGGAUUACCUUUCAUAUGUUCCCGAGAAAGUUUAUGCUGAUGCGCAAGGGAAGAUGCAGGUAUAUGAUGAGAUGUGGACCGGUGAUUGGUGGUGGAACAUGCAGGAACACCUACCUUCAGGUGCCGUUGUUGCUCUGGUAAUACUCACAUCUGACAAAACAAAUCUUACCCAAUUUUGUGGCGAUAAAGCUGCAUGGCCAAUAUAUUUGACCAUCGGAAAUAUCAAAAAGGACAUUCGCCGUCAGCCUUCUAAGCAUGCAACAGUGCUGAUAGGAUACUUACCAAUUUCGAAGAUGCUGCAUUUCAAGGAUGAUGAAGGUUGGCAGAUUGGUCGUUAUCGUCUGUUUCAUAACUGCAUGCAGUUGGUGACAAAGCCACUUGUUGAUGCCAGCCGUCACAGAGUGGAUAUGAUCUGUGCCGAUGGGAAUAUCCGACGUAUUCAUCCUAUUCUCACAGCGUAUAUUGCAGAUCACCCUGAGCAAUGCCUGAUUGCCUGCUGUAAAGAAAACCACUGCCCUCGUUGUGUUGUAGGAACAAAACAUCGAGGAGACCACUUUGACUCACCUCUUCGAGAUGUCAAUGAGACUCGAGCCACUCUCGAACGCCAUAAAAACGGCGAAGACCCUCACCUUUUUGAAGAUCAUGGUCUUCGCACAAUACAUUUUCCAUUCUGGGCACAUCUUCCACACACCGACAUUUUCUUGUGUAUCACUCCGAAUAUUCUACACCAGUUACACAAGGGUGUUUUCAAAGACCACAUUGUGAGCUGGUGUUCUACCAUCAUCUCUGAUGCAGAGUUCAACGCACAUUUUCAAGCCAUGUCCGAUUUUCACGGUCUCCGUCACUUCAAAUGGGGAAUUUCGACUGUCUCUCAGUGUUCUUGCACGGAGCAUAAAGAGAUGCAAUGCGUUGUCUUAGGCAUCAUUGCUGGUGCUGUUGAACCCCAUGUGUUCCGGGCUGCGCGUGCUGUUCUCAACUUCAUUUACUAUGCUCAAUACCAAGCUCACAUGGACACGACUCUCGCACGGAUGCAGGAAGCACUGGAUGUGUUUCACAUGAACAAAGCCGUCUUUGUCGAGCUCGGGCUUUGUCAACACUUCAACAUACCCAAGGUUCACUCAAUGCGCCACUAUGUGCAGUCCAUCCGAGCAUUGGGCAGCGCAGAUGGUUUCAACUCGGAGAGCCCUGAAUGCUUGCAUAUUGACUAUGCGAAGGAUGCUUACCAGGCAAGCAGCAAAGUAGAUUAUAUUGCGCAAAUGACUCAUUGGCUCAAACUUCAAGAAGCCGUCUUUCGACACAGCAUAUUCCUCAAUUGGGUCGCAUCGAAAAGUGGACUCGGCAGAUCUCUCGCCUUAGAUUUGCUUGAAGAUGAGGAUGAGGAACCAACAUUCGCGGAUUCAGACAUCACCCCAUCAGGUCUACUGGCAUCGCAUGAUUUUGGUGCUGUUGACUUCAUCCCCACGCUUCAAACAUUUCUCACCCAUCACUUUCCCCAUUCCUCUAUUUCUGCAAGCCAGUAUGACCGUUUUGACUUAUUUAAAUCAGUUUUACUUCUGCUCCCUCAGCGAGACCACAUUAGUGACCUCAAGCGGCUGAAUCGAAUUCACACUCAUCCAGCUAUUCCCAAUCGCGAUCGCCACAAGCCACCUUCACCUGCACACUUUGAUGUGGCAUUUGUGGUUGAGGAUCACCAGCUAAGGGAGUGUGGUACAGGCUUGGAUGGCUUGUGGCUCGCACAAAUACGUGCAAUUUUCAAAUUACCCUGUCACUACGGCAAAUUUCCUCAUCCGUUGGUGUAUGUCAAAUGGUUUCGACCUCUGCAUGAUCCAGAACCUGCGACCAACCUCUAUCAACUUGCGCGUUCGACUCGUAACCAACGGUGUUUCGCAUCUGUCAUCAGUGUUCAAGACCUUCUGCAAGCAGCGCACCUGAUGGCCAGGUUUGGAUCGAGUAAGGUAGAUGUAUCGUGGAUCAAUGGUGAUGUUCUGGAGCUCGCUGACGAGUUUUAUGUUAAUCCUUAUAUUAAUUUUCACAUUUUUGAUACUAUAGAGCGCUUGUACUAG